AUUGAACAAUAUUUUCAUUGGCACUCGUUGAAAAUGCAUGUCAUGUCAAAAUCAAUGAAAAUAUUAUCUGGACUAAAAGUUAUUGAUUCGCAGUUUCCCUUUGGUUUUCAAAGAAUAUAUUUAGAUCAUAAAGAAUGUUACAUUUAAGAUUUGAAGAAGGUGACGCGAAGUAUUACGAUUUGUAGGUGGUGAAAAUGGAUGAUGAUGAAGCGCUUUCUCAAACGAUUUUAAACAAUUCCAGAUUUUGGGUGCAAAAAGUACUAGUGCCAACUCUACUAUGCCUGGGAGUAAUUGGCAACACCGUCACCAUUAUGGUGCUCACAAGGCGUCGAAUGAGAAGUUCCACAAACAUAUAUCUCUCAGCGCUAGCUGUGGCAGACAUCAUUCAUCUUGUGUUCGGAUUUUUAUUAUCAUUUGAACAUUACCAUAAUAUUCACGAUAGAAAAUAUGAAUUGUACUGGAGGUUUUAUGGACUAACGCACUGGUUUUGCGAUGCAGCAAGUGCAACAUCAGCAUGGUUAGCAGUUUCAUUUACCAUAGAACGCUUCAUCGCUGUUCGUUAUCCGAUGAAAGGAAAAAUUUUUUGUACUGAACGUAGAGCAAAAGGAAUCAUCGCAAUAGUCUACGUUUUUUGCUUUGUUACCACAGCAUCGACGACGUUUGAGUACCAACUCACGUUUAAUGACAUUUGUAUCAAACAAUGUUCCAUUGAUCAAUUGAACUAUACAGAAUCGCCUCAUUUAGAAUCUACCAGCGUUAGUAACAUUACUUAUGUUCAGUCUGAAGCUAGCAGCCUUGAUGCGGAUGCUAAUAUAAGCUCAGUUGUUAUCAAAGGGUAUGAUAAAUAUAUUCAGAAAAAGUUGAAACAAAUCCUCUCCAAUUGUACUAACCAUCCGCAUAUUAUUUUGGUUCCUGUUUAUCCUAAUGUUUUGAAUUCUACAACUAGUGUGGAUACAAUCAACAUGUCCUUAGAAACAGACCUAAAUCAAGUAUUAGAGAAAAAUAGCAAUAGCCCAAUCGCCACUGGUAGUCACCAUGUAAGAAGUCUUGAAGAAUCUGAGAAUACUACUUAUUGUUGUGAAAAAAACUUCACAAUCGAUGUGGAGAAUACAGAAUUAGGAAAGAACAAAACUUAUACAGACUUUAUAUAUUGGUAUAGUGCACUGUUUUUUGCUAUAAUACCGUUGCUUUUGAUAGCAAUGUUUAACUGUUUUUUAAUUAGAGUAGUUUAUUCGUCGCAGAAGACCCGCAGAGUGAUGACAAACUCUCAUGAAAAUUCUUCAUGGACAAACGAAAAGAGAAUAACGAUAAUGCUGAUCGGCAUUGUAUUUGCUUUUUUAAUAUGUCAGAUUCCAACCGCUAUACACAUUAUCUACUACCAUUUUAAUGAGCCAAAAAAUAAGGUGCAAGUAAACAUAAGACUGAUUUUAGGUAAUUUCUGCAACUUUAUGGUGAUGCUGAUGGCUCCAUGCAACUUCCUAAUUUACUGCUUAUUGAGUAAAAAAUUCCGAACAACCUUCAAAAAGAUCUUCUGGCAACGUUUCAGAGCAAAACAAAUCGAAGCUGACACAAUCCUUCGUUCUUCGACAAAAGGAAACGACACUUCGGCGAAAGAGAAAGGAAACAAAUUUAACACUUACAAAGACGGUUUAAUGAAAAAAAUGACUUCCAAAUACAGAACUCCAAGAAACUUGGAGACACAUAGUUUGACUAGUAUGCCUCGGUCCAAACCAACGGUGAUGCGGCCAAUUGGAAAGGCGAAAUCCUGUGAUUUAAAUGUGUAAAGAACUUUGUAGUCUUAGGAUCUAAUUAUGUAUUUUAAUGAUUUAUGUUUAGUGCUAGAAGUUUAUAAAUUAUUCCUCUAAUUGUAAGAGUAAAGUAUAGUAUAACAUUUAAAUAUAUCGUAGAGCUAUAUUAAAAAAAAUGAGUUAUUUUAAUAAAUAUGUCAAAUCAUUAUUCCUGCAAAAUUUUCUAGUUCCAUUUAAAAUAAAUAUUCGAGGAUU